CGUCUGUUGUGUGACCUGCGGUAGUUAAUGGUAUGUUCCCUGGUUUGCGCCUUGCUCUGCACUUUCAUUUGGAGGGGGUCUUGAGGAAAUUAAAAAUAAAAACUUAUAGCAAUUAAUUAUAUCUUCAAUGCGACUCCUCCAGUGACAACACCCUCUCUGAAGCCUCUAUAAGAAAGCAGCCUGUCUCGAUCAACUCCAACACAACCCUGCUCCUGCGACAGACACCAACAUGCUUCUGUUCCUCUUCUUGUUUGGUCUGGCUCUGGGUGCUGUGCCUCCUCCUGAUGACCAUAAAAUGAGUCUACAGAGGGUCGGCUGUCCCUUGUUCUGGUACAGCUUCAACGGCCGCUGCUACAAGUACCUCGCCUCAGACAUGACCUGGGCUGAUGCAGAGAUCCACUGUGUCGGAGAGGGAGCCAACCUGGUGUCAAUCCACAGUCUGCAGGAACAGAAGUUUGUCAAAUUCCUGAUCAAGAACUUUGACCCUGCUGAGGCGUGGACCUGGAUCGGACUCAGUGACAUCCACAAAGAAGGAACAUGGAUGUGGUCUGAUGGGUCUUCAGCCAAUUUUGUCUUUUGGCAUACAGGACAACCAACCAACUUUAAAGGACGUGAGGACUGUGUUCACACAAACUUUGGCAGAGAAAUUAAAUGGAAUGAUUUACCAUGUUCUCAUAGAUUACAAUUUGUUUGUGCAUCUCGCACAACUUGUCCUUAGUAACUAAAAAGGUUAUGUUUGAUUGAACUCUGACUUUCCACCUGUUCCUCUGUUAUUAUGCAUAAAGCCUGAACAAUAAAGAUGCAAAAUUGUUCACAGAA